CCCCUCCAGCGCACCCAGACCAUCAACCAACGCACGCACGCGCGCGCCACCGCGGUUCCCCUGCGCUGGCAAACGCAAUGGACGCCGUCGCGUUCCCGCCGCCGCCCGCGCCGUUCCUCGACGAGGACCUCGAUUUCGGCGACUUCACCUUCGCCUCCGCGCCCGCCGCGCCGCAGCCGCCCACCGCCUUCGCGGCCUUCGACGACGACUGGGGCGACUUCGUGGCGAGCGGGCUCGGAUCCGACGCCGACGCGGGCGCCUCCGCGCCGACCGCCGCCGCUCCCUCCUCCUCCUCCUCGGCGUCCUGGGAGAAGCCGCGGGGCCCGCUGCCCCUCUCCCUGUUCGGCGCCGACGACGACGACGGUCAGGAGGAGGAGGAAGGGCCCGCCGGGCCGCCGCCGACGGCCACGGCGCCCCAGCGCGCCCCGUCCUUCCCCUCUAACGGGCCCAGUCCCGCGGAUCUGAAGGACCUCAUCGCUGGCCUCUACGGAUCUCAGCCGCCCCCAGCUGCCGAUGCGGUCCCGGUCCCGGUCCCGCAAGUGGAGGCGGAGGAUGACCAAGGGUUUGGAGACGAUGAUUGGGAAUUCACGGCGGCGACGGCGGAACCUGCCGAUCAGGAUGGAGGCGGACCAGGACAUGCGGAUGGAAUUGGUAAGAUUGAGGAUAUAACAAAAUCAUUGAGCACUGACCAGGAAGACUGGUCAUCGUUUACCAGUGUUGAUGACAAACUGAACCAUGUUCAUCAAACAACCGAUGUUGUUGGGACUUGUACUGAAGAAUUUUUGAAGGCCUCCACUUAUUUGCCGGCCAACAAUUCAGCUAUACUUAACCUGUACAAAGAGAGCGAACGAGCUGAUGCUAUUCACAUUGCUCAAAGCUCUGCAGAAAGUGUCCAGAGUUCAUCUGAUCUGUUUUCUAAUAAUGAAAUGAACUCUUCAUUUGAAACAGAUGACAACCAUUCCAGUAGGUCAACACGUGAUUGCAUUUUGAUUGAAUUCUACCAUAGAAUGAGAGAAGAGUCCUUGACAGCAAUAUCCCGGCACGUGAAGGAACUUAGGGAAGCACAGAAGGAAUCUACAUUCUCUGAUGAAAACAACAAAGCAACUGCAAUUGGAAGGGAUAUUCAGGAAAUACACGACAAACUAAAAGAUUCUUCGCUGCCCAAAGGCUUUUUCACAGAGGAACAGCCUUGGAAGGAUGUAUAUAUCACAGAACUCCUUAAAUGUACCAAAGAGGAACAUCUGAAGGAUUUUGAACAAGAAUAUUGUUUAGCAGAAAAGAUAGAACGGGCAUUGGAGGACACGGAUAUUGCAGUUGAACUUUACAAGCUCAGUGUUUCCACCCUGCAUAUACUGAAACUAGCAUCCAAAGAGGAGCAGGGUGAUUAUGUCGGUGCAUGGUACAGUAUGCUUCUGUCCUGUGCCCAAGAAUUGCAGCAUGGUGCGGCACUUUGGCAAGAAUUUUAUCAUGCAAAUGUCCGCGACAGAGUAGUUUCUGAAGGUGGUCACUACUUUAUUGCUCUUGGGGAGAUAUAUAGAGUUGGACAGAUUUUACAUUUAUCCUUGCAGUGUUUCAAGCCCUGGGUUCUUGCAGAUCCUGGAAAGUUGAAUAAAAUGUUGUCUUGUUUGGACAGCUGCACUGAUGCUUGGACUAGUGGUUUGGAAAUGGCUCUUAAGAUGGUCAUUGACAACAAUCACAAAGAUGCAGCUUUUGCUAAAGCUCUCAUGGAAUCGAUUAACAAUAUUACAAAACUUGAAGUGCCCAAUCUACAAAAUAUUAUUCCCAACAACGAGAUGCGAUGUAGACUAACUCUCUUGCCAAGUAGUCUUCUUCCAGGAUUGAACGUGGUCAUGUGGAAUGGUGGUCACUAUUUUGUUAAACUCGCAAAUCUGUGGGCAAAUCGGAUAUCUCCUGAUCCUCCUCUACUGCCAAGCAACCUUGCCUCUUCAUUGAACAAUGCAGCAACACUUGCCAAUCAUGCUGAAUAACAUGUCAAACCUCUGAGGCUGUGACCUACUCUGAUGGAAGCAUCAAAUGCAUUUUGUGUGAAACCUGUUCAUCAAGUUGUCUUUCUACGUAAACCGUGGAAGCACGAAGCACUGUGCUGAGUAGAGGGCUGUUUUUGGAAGAUGAGAUCGAAGGUGACUGUUCCUUUGCUGGCCAUUCUUUUGUACAAGUUGUAAUUUACACCAUUCUUUCCAUAGUGCCGGAUAAUGGCGCUAGUAUAGCAAGUCAAAAGGGAAUGUCAAGUUUGGAAUUGAACUUCUGGUAUGAUGUUGUACUAAAAGCCAUCUGAUAUGGUGCAAAUGUGUAGAAUAUCAAAGCUGAGAAUUGGAAUACGGAACAUGGAACAUUCUUUAUUAUUCCUCAAUUGUGCAUUGUGUUUGCCUUA